UCCCGUCCGCUCGUUGGUAAAAAGAUCCCGCGUCCCAUAAUAUUAUAACUAGCCGCUGGCGAGGUGUGCAAGUGCAACGCGACCAGCCGCUCGUGACACGCAACCAUUGUACAAAUUGCUAACCCUGCCCCCGCCAGGAUAUACAGAGGUAGGUAUUGUGGUAAUCAUGGCUAGCAGUAGCUAUGCGGCCAUAGACGCGCAUGACCCAUCCGAGCGUCCCCCCAGGUCGACGAGCUCUGCUUCCUCUGGGGGGCGACUGCCGCGUCGCGGGAAGAAAGAUGUAGGCGUCGGAGAGGCCUCGUGGGUAAGCAGUGUCAUCAACUUGGUCAACACCAUCCUCGGUGCCGGCCUCCUGGCCAUGCCACAUGCCUUGUCGCAACUAGGCGUCCUCCUCGGCGUCUGCAUAAUCAUCUGGUCCGGCUUGACGGCAGGCUUCGGCUUGUACCUCCAAACACGAUGCGCCAAAUACCUCGAUCGCGGCUCCGCAUCAUUCGCUUCGCUGUCCAAGAUCACCUAUCCCAACGCGGCCGUCGUAUUUGACGGCGCAAUUGCGAUAAAAUGCUUUGGUGUGGGUGUCAGCUAUCUGAUUAUCAUAGGCGACUUGAUGCCUGGUGUCGUAAGAGGCUUCAGCGAGGCUGGUUCCCAGGUCGGCUUCCUUGUGGACCGCCAGUUUUGGAUUACGGCGUUCAUGCUUAUCGUUAUUCCUUUGGCCUACCUUCGCCGCCUUGAUUCGCUCAAGUACACGAGUAUGGUAGCCCUCGUCUCCAUCACGUAUCUUGUAGUCCUUGUUGUUGCGCACUUCAUUAAGGGCGACACGCUGCAGGACCGUGGAGAUGUGCGUGUCAUUGGGUGGGCCGGGCCUGUUGCGGCCCUCUCAGUCUUCCCCGUUAUUGUCUUUGCCUAUACAUGCCACCAGAACAUGUUUUCCAUCCUUAACGAGAUCUUCGACAACUCUCACUUCCGUACGACUUCUGUCGUAGGCGCUUCUAUCGGCCUUGCCUGCUCCCUUUACAUUCUUGUCGGCAUUACGGGCUAUCUCUCGUAUGGCGAGAACGUGGGCGGCAACAUUGUUAGCAUGUACACCCCCUCGGCCUUUUCCACGAUCGGACGCCUCGCCAUCGUAAUCCUCGUCAUGUUCUCCUAUCCUCUGCAGGUCCAUCCCUGCCGCGCCUCUAUUGAUGCUGUCGUCAACUGGCGCCCCAUUCGUAAAGAUCGCGACCAAUCUCCACAACAGCAGCAACAUAGCGCACCAUUGCUUGGCUCGGCCGCGAGCAAGCCCAACGCACUUCAGCCCAAGGUGGAACCCAUGAGUGAACUGCGCUUCGCAGUCAUCACUACUGCUAUCAUCGUGCUGAGCUACAUUGUUGCUAUGACAGUCUCCAGUUUGGAGAAGGUUCUUGCCUAUGUUGGCAGCACAGGUAGCACGGCAAUCAGCUUCAUCCUUCCUGGCCUCUUCUACUACAAGAUCUCUUCGCCGGACAGCCCCCAUCAUCAACGGCUGAUGAAGGAGGACGACGAUGAAGAAGAGUAUGAUUCCGGCGAUGAGGGUACGGCUAGCGAGGGCUGGGUGGCGAAGACGAGGAGCUGGAGAAGGGGCUUGCUGCGGAAGAUGUCUCUAGCUCUGGCUAUCUAUGGCUUCGUCGUCAUGGUGGUGUGCUUGGGUACGAACACUUUCUUGAUUGCGGCUCAUUGAUUCUCAUGUAGAAAACCUUCUACUUCUUCUACUCUUUUUCGUAAGGUUUGGUUCUACUGUCGUGUUUGUGAUUUAGCGUUCAUAUGUACAACUUUCAUCAAUAUAUUAAAUGAAGACGUAUAUGAGCAC